AUGAGGGCCCCACAGGGUUCUCGCGCUGCGCCUCUGGUGAUAGGCCUCUCGGGGGGCCCCCCUGCGGGGCUGGGGCCUGGGGGCCCCCCUUCGGGGGCCCCAGGGGGGGCCCACGGGGCCCUCGCGGGGGCCCCUCCACCCCUUAAUCGUACCCUAGGAAGACUGGGUACAGGCUUUUGGAUGCAGUUUGCCCUUCAGCGGACUUCGGCUCUUCUAGCUGGAGAGGCAGAGCAGCAAGGGAAGCAGCAGCGGACCACAGACAACGAAGCUAGCGCUGCUGCUGCUGCUGCUGCUGCUGCGCAUGACACCGCUGCUGCUGCACCUGCUGCUGCUGCUGAAGCUGGUUUGGCUGGAACUGGGAGACUAAGCAGCAGUGAGGACUCAGCCGCGCCGUCGCAGCUGCAGGAGCAGCAGCAGCAGCAGCAGCAGCGGGAGCAGCAGCUGCACCAGGAACAGCAGCGGCCCUUCGAGCAGCAGCAGAAGGAGCAGCAAGAGCAGCAGGAGCAGCAAGAGGAGCAGCAGACAAGCAAAAACAAAUCCAAAAGAGGCAAAAGGAGGCGCUCAGACCCUGCGGGGGGCCCCCCUCCUGAGGCCCCCGCAGACAAGCAGCAGAAAACAGGGGGGCCCCCCGCAAGCAAAGCAAGGGGGCCCCAGGGCCCCCAGGGCCCCCCUGGGGGCCCCAGCAGGGGCCCCCAGGUACCCCUUUCUGGCUCUUAUAAAGAACGAAAAAAGAUGGGGGGCAAAAGGAGCAAAAAGGAGACAGAAGAGGCCCCACCUCGAGUGCGAAAGAGCACGCCCAAGCCCGUUGCUGCUGCUGCUGCUGCUGCUGCUGCAGCGGAAAGUGUGGCAGAUGCAGCAGGGUAUAGAUCCCCAUCCCCGCAUUCAGAGCCGCAGCAGCAGCAGCAGCAGCAGCAGCAGCAGCAGCAAGAGCCCCGAGGGCCAGCUUCCGGCCGCUCCAGCGAAGGGUCCCAAGGGGCCCCUCAGGGUCCAACGCACAGCCGCAGCAGCAAAAGCAAUCAGGGGCCCCAGGGGCCCCAGGGGCCCCAGGGGCCCCCAGCCCCCCAGGGGGCCCCCCGGGGGCCCCCCCCAGAGGACGCGACGGCCUCUGAGGCCCGCUCCCCGUCAAGAAGAGGAAAGGGGGAGACACAGCAGCAGCAGCAGCAGCAGCAGCAGCAGCAGCAGCAGAAGCGGCAGCCUAAAGGGGACCAGCAAGUAAGAGGCCCCCAAGCAGAGCUAGAAGGAGACUUCUCGUUUGUUGUGGGACUCAUAGGGGGCCUCGCUGUCCCCGCGUCGGCGACUGCAGCUGCUGCACAGCCCAGCCACAAGCACAAGCAGCAGCAGCAGCAGCAGCAGCAGCAGCAGCAGCAGCAGGAAGAGCAACUGCAGCAGCCAGAAAAGCGCCGCAAAGCCCAUAAGGCUUCCAGGCGGCGAAGGGUAGACAGCGAGGAGGAGGGCUACUCAGCCUCAAGUGACCCCCCAAAGCACCGCCCCCAGCACCGCCAGCAGCAGCAGCAGCAGCAGCAGCAGCAGCAGCAAGAGCAGCAGGCGCAGCAGCAGGAGCAGCAGGAGCAGCAGCAAGAGGCAGGGAAGGCCCGAAGGAGGCGCCGUGAGCGACGCCGUCACCACCGCUCAGCUCUUGCUGCUGGGGCCCCCAUAGGGGCCCCCCUCUCCCCUGAAGGGGGCCCCUGUGAGUCCCCUAGGGUUUCGGGGGCCCCUUCGGGAGGGGCCCCCCUCUCAGGCCCGGGGAGGGGGCCCCCCGCUGCUGCUGGGGGGCCCCCCCUGACCUCCGUGGGGGUGCAGGCGGGGGCCUCCUCGUGCCCCCUUUUUGCUGCUGUUUGGGCAGCUGACUUAUCUGCUGCUUCUUUUUUGAAGCAAAGAGCAGAUCAGCAGAAGCUGCUGCGGCUCAUAGGGCACUCGGAGGGGCCUCUUGCUGCUGCAGCUGAUGCUGCUGCAGCAGCACAUGCAGCCCCAGGAGCCCGCCGAGGGAGUGCUGCUGCAGCAGUGAAAGAAGCAGCAACCCACGCGCAGCCGCUGCUGCCCGGCGCUGCUGCAGCAGCAGCAGCAGCAGCUGCUGCUGCUGCUGCUGCCUGGGGCAGAGAAGGGAGCGCUGACUCUGAUGGGUCCUCUUCUGAAAAUGAGUCUUUGCUUCUGCAAGACACUGCCCAUGGGGGCCCCCAGGGGGGCCCCUAUGGGGGCCCCGAGGGGGCCCCUGUUCUGCGGCCACGUUAUGUGUCUUUCGGCAGCAGCGCGAGCUGCACUCUCUUCCCCUUGAGACAAGGGCCUUCCGCUGCCCCUGCAGCAGCAGCAGCAGCAGCAGCGCCUGCGGGAGCAGCAACAGCAGCAGCAGCACCAGCUUCAGCGGAAGGAGCAGCAGGAUCAGCUGCAGCGAGAGAUUUGCGCGCCACCCAGAGCUUUCCUGGGGGGGCCCCCAGAUGGGCCGAGGGGGCCCCCCGAGGGCCCGAGGGGGCCCCCCGAGGGCCCGGGGGGGCCCCCCGAGGGCCCGGGGGGGCCCCCCGAGGGCCCGGGGGGGCCCCCCAAGGGCCCGGGGGGGCCCCCCAAGGGGAUGAGGCAAGACUUGUGAGGGCCCUCAAGCGCAUUCACCGCCGGCUGGUCUUUGGGGGGCAAAGUGCUGUGCUGCGCAGCGACAGCAGCAGCGAAGAUGAAGCCAGCAGCAGGGAGGAUUCUCCUCCACUAACGCCUGUGGCUGCUGCUGCUGCUGCUGCUGCUGCUGCUGCUGCUGCUGAGCAGGACCAGCCAGCUGCCGCAGUUCCUGCCGUUGAUGAGGGAGUAUCUGCGCCUCCAGGAGCAGCAGCAGCAGCAGCAGCAGCAGCUCCUGCUGCUGCUGCUGCUGCUGCUUCGCUGGAAGCAUCUGCUUGUAAACCCCUCACUAUCUCCUCAGGUAGACAGCCUGGGGAAACUCCCUUAGUUGGGAGUUUCCCCAUGCAGGAAGCAGCGGCAGCAGCAGCAGCAGCCGCCGCUGGAAUCGCAACAGCAGCAGCAGCAGAUGCUGCUGCGCUUGCUGCACGAGCAGCAGCAGCAACAGCUGCAACGGGAAAUGCAGCAACAGGUGCUGCACUAGCUAGCCGCCACCGCCGCCCCCGCAGCAGCGCGCCGCCGGCGCUUUGUCUGCAGCGGGGGCACUGGGGCCUCUCGAGCAGCAGCAGCAGCAGCAGCAGCGGCUCAGAUGCGGAGCCCAUCGCAGCGCCCCAGCUUCCCUGCGGCAGCAGCAGCAGCAGCAGCAGCAGCAACAGCAGACAAGAAGCACAUUGCGUAGCGCCGGGCUUCUUGGGGGCCCCCCAAGCAGCAAGCCCGAGGGGCCCCAUGGAGCCUCAGGAGGCCCCCCUGGAGGCUGAGAGGACCCCCGCGGUUUUGCACAGCAAUGAAGGACGCAGCGCAGUUGCUGCUGCUGCUGCUGCUGCUGCUGCUGAGGCAGCAGCCGAUGCGCCAACGCCGCUGCUCCUCGAAGCCCCCACUGUUUUCGGCUGGUGGGGCCCCACAGGGCUUUCCAAUGAGCAGCAGCAGCAAGGAGCGGGGCAGCCACAGGAAGCACACGAGCUGCAGCAGGCGGCCAAUGGGCUGCAGCAGCAGCCGCAGCAGCAGCACGAGGUGAAGCAGCAGCAGCAACAGCCUGCGCAGAUUCCGGAGCAGCGAGUGGGGAUGCAGCAGCACUACGAAACGCAGCAGCAGCAGCCACAGGAGCAGCAAGAAGGGCAGCAGCAACAGCAUCAAGAGCAGGCGAAUCUCGAACAAGAGCCAGAGGAAGAGCAGCAGGAGGCUCAGGAGAAGCCGCAGCAGGAGGUGCAGCAGCAGCUGCAGGAGGGGCACGAGCUGCAGCAGCUAGUGCAGCAGGAGCAGUCGCAGGAGCAGCACGAGCUGCAGCAGGAUGCGCAGCAGCAGCAAGUGCAGGAAGGCCAGGAACUGCAGGAAGAUCUACAGGACCUGCAGCAGGAAGAGCAGCAGGAGCAAAUCCAGCAGCAGCAGGAACUGCAGCAGAAGCAGCAGGAAUCGCAGUGGGGGCCACAGAAACAGUCGGAGCAGGGGCAGCAGGAGGUAAAUCAGCGGCGGCAGGACACGGAAGAAACACAGCAGCAGCAGCAGCAGCAGGACCAAGAAGUGCAGCAGCAGCAGCAAGAAGAGCAGCAGCCGCAGGAGCAGCAAGAGCAGCAAGAAGUGCAGCAGCAGCAGCAAGAAGAGCAGCAGCAGCAGCAGCAGCAGCAAGAAGAGCAGCAGCAGCAGCAGCAGCAGCAAGAAGUGCAGGAGCAGCAGCAGCAGCAGCGGGUGGAAGAGCUCGAGACAGUAACGGAGAACUUGAACUCUGGGGGCCCCUCUAGUGACCCUCUGCAGGGGCCCCCGGCUACGGAAGACUGCGAAAAGGGCACAGGAAGGGGGGCCCCCAGCGGUUCUGCUGCUGCUUUGCUGCUGCAUCCUUGCAGGGAGGGGCCCCCACCAGAGGCCGAAGCAGACCAAGGCAGUGAGGCUGAAGGUCUCUCAACAGAGCAGCAGCAUCAGCAGCAGCAGCAGCAGCAGCAGCAGUAUCAGCAGCAGCAGCAGCAGCAACAGCAGCAACAGGGGCAGCAGCAGCAAGAGCAUCUUUCUUCAGGGGCCGUUUUGGUUGAAUCAGAAGCUGCAGCAAUGACAAAGUUGCCCCUAGAUGAGGAAAAGGGCACAGGGGGCCCCUCAGAGGGGCCCCCAGAAACCGCUUUAGCGGGGGCCCACGGGGGGCCCCCCAAUUGCUGGGAAGGCCUGGACCUCGAAGGGGAUGAGAUUGUGCUUUCAGAUGAUGGGGCCCCCGGGGGCCCCCCAAGGGGGCCCCCGCUGACCCCUUUUUGUGUCCCCCCUCUGGUUGUUUCCUUAGCAGACUCUGAGGGCGAGUCAGGGCCUUCUCCCUGCCCCCCACUGCUGCAGCAGCAGCAGCAGCAGCAGGCGCAGCAAGAGCUGGAAGCAGCAGCAGAGACAGAUGAGAACCUUCCCCAGCAGCAGCAGCAGCAGCAAAGCCAUGUGGUGCUCUCUGAGGAGAGCAGCCCAAAGCGCGAGUCGCUCUCCCCUCUUUCGCGCCCCAGGACAGCAGCAGCAGCAGCAGCAACAGCAGCAGCAGCAGCAGCAGCAGCAGCAGCAAGUGGACCCUCUGCUUUGUGGUUUAGAAGUUUGGGCGAUUUGGGCCUCGAGGGCCACCGGCCAGCAGCAGAGCCGCGGGUGUCGCGCUGCGGUGUAUUGACAGCUGCGGAAGUCGAAGCAGCAGAAAAACUCUUGAGGGGCCCCCCAGAAGGGGGCCCCCCAGGGGAAAACCCUUCAGGGGGGCCCCCUGAAGAAGCCCCUGUUAAGGCCCGCUUUGGUAUUUGCCUCAGCAGAAAGUCUCUUACUUGUUUGGGCUACGGGGGCCUCUUAGAUGAUGAAGUUAUAAACUUUUACUUCGCGCUGCUGCAGGAGAGAAACAACAGGGCCCUUUUUUCUGGAGAGAGGGUUCCCCGGUGUUUGCUGCUUCCGUCCCACUUCCACAGCUCCCUGUCUUCUUACGGGUUUUCUGCUGUGCGGCGGUGGACGCUGCGGGGAUCCAUAGACAUUUUCUCUUACGACAUUUUGCUGCUGCCUGUCCACGUGACAGAAAGGGCCCAUUGGGCUUUGGGCUGCGUCUUGCUGCAGCCAAAGAAAAUUUUGUAUUUGGAUUCUCUCCGUAGCGACGAAGACGCCGUGAAGUGA